GCACUUGAAAAAUACCAACCCCGCGGUACCAUUUUGUACGUACGGCACGAACAUAUGCGCGGCUUCGGCUUCUUUUCUGCACGUACAAUUUUACAAAAGAAAAAAGAAAAGGUUGGCCGUUUUUGCGAAAAUAUUUAACAAGGCGCGGUAUAUAUAUUAUAAUGUAAUAUAACAUAAUAUAUGCAAAAAAACUUCUUCAAAAGGGCAAUUUUUCGCCAAAAAAAAUACAGUACAGUGCGAUUGCAACGAAUUAUUACGUACAAAACGCCGCGUAAAAAUUGCAUCCCGCGCAAUUGCCCAGAAGGCGAUUCAUUUAAUUAUUUAAUCAUUUAUUUAAUUAAUUAAUUAACCAUUUAACCAUAUAUCCAAUCGUUUAACCAUUUACUUAACCGUUUUGCCAUUUAUCCAAUUAACUGGUCAUUCCUUUUAACCGCCCCGCUUAACAACGCGCCGCUUUUUUUUCUUCACUUUUUGCCAAAAUGGAAAAAUCCAAGUUAGCCAAAGUUGAAAAGGUUUUGGGAAGGACUGGAAGCAGAGGAGGAGUCAUUCAAGUCAGGGCCCAGUUUAUGGGAGAUACCGAAUUGUCAGGAAGAUUCUUAAUCAGAAAUGUUAAGGGCCCAGUGAGAGAAGGAGAUAUUUUGGCCCUACUCGAAACGGAAAGAGAAGCAAGAAGAUUACGUUAAUUGGAGGAGGAGAAAAGAGGGGAAGAAAACCCCCGACCAUGGAAGGUGGGAAGAAGUACCAAUGUCAGGACUACCUACGUGAGGGGCGUACAAAUGGUUGUAUUUAUGGCCUGAACUGCAGCAUGCCCGUCAUCCGGCGCGCAUCAUCGUUGCCUUGUUAAGAGAGGAAGAGAGCAUAUCCCCCCCCACCAUCACCGCAAGUAUGGAAGCGAUAAAAAGAUGGAGCCACACCACAUGUACCCAUAUGCGCAAUGUGAAACUUACGGCCAGUCGUUAAUUGCGUACCUUUUAGCGCAUCCUUUUCCCCUCCUUUUUUUCUCACAUGUUUACGUGAAUGCAUCACCUCCUUUUUCCUCACCUGGGGCAUUUUAAACGGCGCCAUGGGGUGUAGACCCGCGCUCGCAGAAUGUCAUCACGUAAAUCUGCACGUAAAUCUGCAUGCAUAUGUACAUGCCUGCGCUGCGUUCUUUUUUUUCCUACACCGCCCAACAAGGGAACCACAUGAACAAAGAACUUUUCAAACCGAAAGAAAUAAAAAAAGGAGC